UGAUGUUUAUAUUGAGAUCAUCAAGGCUGCAGCAGAUGGCGAUCGGGAAGGAGUGCUGAAGCGAUCCAUAGAUAUGAAGUUCUUGACUGGUUACGAGUCUAAGGCCAUGGUGAACGCCCACGUGGAUGCGGUGAUGAUCCUGGGUGAGGCUUUUGCUGCCAAAGAGCCAUUUGACUUUGGAUUGCAGAGCACCACGGAGCGCAUCCACAACCUCAUACCCGUCAUGCUGAAACAGCGCCUCAUCCCUCCACCCGAAGAAACCUACUCCCUGCACCGCAAAAUGGGCGGCUCCUUCCUCAUCUGCUCCCGCCUGAAUGCUAAGCUAUGCUGCAAAAACAUGUUUAGAGAGGCCUACAGCAAUUACUGGAGCAAUAAGAAGAAAGGUCCAAGCCAGUGACACACAGGGCUUUUUAAACAAGAGAAACUUGGAUAAGCACAAAAUGCUCUGGCCAGUCACUCGAAUGUAAACGAACGGCACUUUUGUCUCAACUGACUCAACCGUACCAUCAUACAUGUUUUUGGCUUUUGUUUUUCCCUUUUGAGUGUGUUAAUGGGAAAUAAUGUCCAUGAUUGUCCAUGGUCGUGUGGUGCAAAGAAUGCUAUUCAAAUGAAUGUAUCUGUGUGCCUACGGAAAUUCCUAUAACGGGGAAAGUUGGUUACUCAUCAGGCGUGGCGAUUGGCUGUAGAACAUUUCAUAACCAAGCCAACAGUUUUUUCCAGGUUGCCGGACUACACUUGUGAGGACCGUCUCCCUAAAUCAGUAUAAUUAACUCUGAUA